CUUCGAGGUGGUACCCCUGUUUAGCUCUACACUCAACUGCAACUGAAAUGGCUGGACACUACGUUAUUGCUGGCAAGGCUAUUCCUAACCACGUUCUCGCCAUGGGAUUCAUUGGCGCCUACGCUGCCCUCGGCGUCUGGUCCACCUCCGGAUCUAGCAAGCCCAAGGCUGCUGAACCCCCAAUCAAGGCUGCCUCCAGCGACGAAGAAUCUUUCAUCAAGGAAUUCCUUGCCAAGGCUGACAGCGAAGAAAAGAAAUAGAUUCAAUGUUGAU